CUGAGAAGGGCAGCUUUGUGGACGCCUCUCUGCAGGCUGCCCGCACACGAGGGUUGCCCAGCUUCUGGUGUGUCCUCAGCAGCGCGUGUGUCCACCCUGUCACGGUGUCCGUGAGUGUGCGGGAGGGAUGCACUGGCUACCUGGGCUGCUUCUAGGCUGGAGCAACUGGUCAAGCCGGGGAGUGUGGGCAGAGCCUCCCCCUGGGAGGAAGCUUGUGCGGGCCUGGAUCUCUGUUGGGCAUACUGAUCCCCCAACGCUUUCCUGGCACUGCUUGUGACCCAGACCGUGUUGCCCUAAGGCACCCAUGUCCUGUCUUUGAUGGGCAGGUCUGGCCCCCUUCGAGCAUCACCUUUCCCAGAUUCUUCCUGCUGCAUUGCCCAGCUUUGGCCCUGAGUGGUCCUGCCAGGCCCCCUUUCCCUCUGGGAUGGAUUAAACCACCUGCUGGAGGUUGCCAAGCCCCCACCACGCACUGAGGGAUUUGUGGGAUGUGGAUCCUUACCUGGUCCCAGAGGGGCAGCCAUGAGUUCCAGCCACGUCAAGCCAGAUUCUGGGACGCCCCGGAGUCCUUGUCCACAGCCUCUGUCCCAGAGCUCCUCCACCUUGCUGUGCGAAGGCCGCAGGCAGAGGGCAGAGCUUCGCAAGAGUGCCAGCAGCACUGUGUGGCCGGCCCAACAGGGCGAGGCCAGCACUGGCCCCCAAGCCCCGGAGGAAGAGGAGCACCUGCCUAAGAGUCCAGCUGCACAGGCUCAGGCCCCCGAACCCCGGCCUCGAGCCACGGGCCGCUGGCGGAGCAGCACUAUGGGCAACGUGUCCAUGAUGGGCAGUGGGGACCUUGGCCACUUGAGGGUCCCCGGCACAGCUGCAGUGCAGAGGAGCCACUCGGACCUGGCCCACAGUGUCCAGACACAGGGGUACGGUGGUGCCCGGAAGGCCAGCCUCAGCUGCUCAGCCCUCAGUGGCAGCUCCCCUGUGCACAAGGCUCAGCUGAAGCCUGGAGAUGUUUCUACUCAGGGUAGCCCAGCCCCUGCAGCUGUGGAACAGGACCUGGCUCAAGAAGAUGAGACUUCUAACUCAGCAUGGAUGCUGGGGGACAGUCAGGCGUGGGAGCCACCGCCAGAGCAGGGGGACACAGCUGCCAUUAACAGCAGUCCCCAGGCUGAGCCCAAAGCCACUGGACAGCCAGCCACUGCCUCCUGCCAUGCACUGCCCCCAGCUGCUCUGCUCUGCAGCAUGAGGGAGGUGGUGACUAGUGGCUGCUGCCAUGCCCUGCCUGCCACAGGGAUCCUGGCUUUUCCCAAACUGGUGGCAUCGGUGAGUGAGUCUGGGCUGCAGGCUCAGCAUGGAGUGAGGUUUCACUGUACGGCACCCGGGCUGCUUCCAGGGCAUGCUCACUGCUGUGCCCACCCGUGGGGCCCCACAGGGCCGGCCACAGAGUCUGGCUGCAGGACCAAGGACGUGUGGACCAUGACUUCCACCAGUGAUCUGACACCUACGCUGGCCUCGGCCCAGGAUGCUGGCGUUCAGGCAGCCCCAGUGGCAGUUUGCAAGGCAGUGGCCACCAGUCCGUCCCUGGCAGCCUCUGCCCUGCACAUGUUCCCCGAGAUUACGCUGGGGCCCAGCCUGGAGGAAGCAUUGUCUCCCGUGCGGGAUGUGCGGUGGGACGCUGAGGGCAUGACAUGGGAGGUGUAUGGAGCCUCAGUGGAUCCCGAAGUGCUGGGUGUGGCCAUCCAGAAGCACCUGGAGAUGCAGUUGGAGCAGUUGCAUCUGGUGCCGGCCAGCAAGGACAGUCUGUCCACCGACGGACGCAGGGGCCCCCUGCGCGCUGUCAUGCAGUCCCUGCGGUGCCCUAGCUGCUGUGGCUGCUCCGGUGCAGCCCCUGAAUGAGGAGCUGUGGCCCUGGAGCUGGCCAUCCCGUGGUCUUGGCCCUAGGCCAGGGCCAGGGACAGCAGGGCCCUGGACCACCCAAACCCAUGGCUGGUGGGCGCAUCUCUGCCCUGAACAUGGGCAGCCUGUAGACCACAGAAUGCAGCCUGUGGCUUCUGGCUCCAUAUAACUGUGCUGGUUUUCAAGGGCUUGAUUCCCAAGGGCUACCUGCGUAUUCUGGGCUCUGGGCUUUGAGCAGGGUUUCUGCACCCGUGCAUAAGGAAGAUCCUUGAUUUUCUGUAAAAAUACUUGACCUGCUGUUCAGCCUGCCCUCAGAACUGUGUCAUAUUUCCCCUAGGACUCUUGGUGGUUUUAUUUUAAAGCAUUGCUGAAAGAAUGAAUUCUUACAUUAAAUUGAGAGCCCCAAGUGACAGGUACCACUGGCCACUCCUGCGUGGGAGAUCUGGGGAGGAGGAGUUCCGGGAGGCUGAGUUCUUCAGGGUGUGUGUGGGGGUGAGGGUGAGGCUGCUCUGGGGACAGGAGAGGUAGGUGGGAGGCUCAGGAGGCCAGGGAAGGGCUGCACGCCACAGGGUGUGGCUGGUGGCAGUGAAACCCUCUCCGUGCAGAGACUUUCCCUUUGUCACGCUUGGCUCUCCUGAGAUGUGUGCCAAUCUGCCACAUCCUGCUGUUCUUGGAAGCAGAGUGGCCGCCCAGGCUGGGCCCAGUGUGGGACAGGCCAGACAAGACACCCACCCUCCUAUAGUGAUGGAGAUAAACCUCUGCAGGGUGGUGCUGGGGUCCUGCCCAACCUAGGUCCUGGCUGGGGUCCCCAAAAUACCUUCUUGGUUAACCCUCACACUUGACCCGCUAAUUGAGCUGCCCAGCCUUUGCCAUCAGGGCUGCCUGGAGUGACUGUAGCUGAAUUUCUGAUUGGGACUAAAGACUGACAAGGCCCCUUGCUGUCACUUCGUGGGUCAGGCUUGAUGCUGCAGUGCUCAGGGUGUCCUUACAAAUCUCUGCCCUUGGACUUUGGAUUUCUGGCUAGACUUGCCGUGUCCCUUUCAGGUCCUGUUCUGGGAGGUGUGGAAUCUCAUUGUCCGUAUAUUUGUUUGUUUUUAAACCCUAAAUAAAUGCAAGUUGAGAGGUCAGCACUUUCUCAGGACCCCAUAGGAAAGGUGCUUGCAUCCUGAUGAUCUUAGUAAUUUUGUUCUGGUAAAUUCUGUUCCCUGGAGCAUAAACCCAAGUCCGAGGGCUCCUGCCCCACAAGAAUCCUGUCUUCUCUGGAGUGUCCUCUGUUCAAUAGCCAGGGUCCCUGACAGCUGAAGCCUGGGUUCCUGGGGCUUCUCCCCUCUUGGCCAGGACACAGACAUUCAUCUCUUGUUUGGCCCCAGGCUGCUGUUGCCUCACGAGGAACCAAAACCUAAAUGGGGAGGAGCUGUGCAUGGGGCCUGCUGGCUGGGUGUCAGUGUGGGGAUGGUGGGAAAGCAGGAAGUGGCCCCUUCUGCGUGGUGUGACUUCCGGGUCUGCUGGUAUGGGUCUCUGUCCCCUGGUCAUGCUAGCUUAUUCUCUUAACAGUGAUGGAAGGGGUCCUGAUGCUUUGGACUUGAGGCUACCACUUAGAGUCCACAGCUGGAAUUUGAACCUGGAUCCACACCAACAGCCUCAAGGAUCCUAAGCUUCCUCAGCUGUAAGGUGGGGACAGUAACAAUGCCUCCUUCCUUGACUGUCUUGAGAAUGGACUAGGAUGUCCCAUGUGAAGCACUCGGAACAUGUGCUGGUUGCAGCGGGUGGUGUUCCUCAGCCGCAGGAAGGGCUGGUUCUCCCUGGCCAGCUCGGCUGCGAUCUGGCCACUUGGUUAAACAUUCCUUCUCCAGGGCUGUCCCAGGUCCUUCGCCUCAGCCCUGCACCCUGCUCAGGAUGCUACAGUUCCCAGGGCUGCCUGGCAGAAGACCCCAGCCCUCACCACUCCUGUGGGGCUGGCUUCCCCAAGCUCAUGGUGACCCACAGGGGAGGAGUAGGGAGGAAUAGCUGGGAAAAGCCAAGCUGGGCAAGAACUUGACAUUAGGGCUAACCCAGCCUCACAGAGCAAAGGCCACCCGAGGAAGGGGGGACACACCAGGGACUCUGGCUCUCUGAUGUACAGGCUGGGAAGUGGCAGGGCCAUGUAGGUCUGCCUUGUCCCAGGGGAACGUGGUCAGGGAGGCUGGUAGAAGGAGCCCCAGGUAGCCAGGGUAUGCCCACGUCCCAGGCAGCCCAUCCCCAGGAGGCAUAUGGAGCUUGUGGCCUCACCUAGCCCUUUGCUUCACACGUUGCACGGAAGCAAAUCUGUCUCAUUCAUGUUCAUGCCAAGUGAUCUUGGUUAGGGAAAAGUGGAGCUUGGCGUUCACCCAUUUGAAUUCCUUCUCCUUUGUCAUUCUGGCCUGGCCCAGUUUUGACAUCUGCAGCUAUGACUAACCCUUUAUCAGCUUUCUUCCAGCUGGUUGAGAGGGCAGGCCCUGCACCAAGCUUAGAGUAUGUCACUGGGUCUCCAGGUCUCUCCAAAUCUACAUGGUCAUCAUGGGCAAAGUUAUUAAAAUCCAAAUCUUUAAUGUCCUUGUCUAAAGCCUAGUCCUAGGACUGUCCCCCAGGGAAGGCAGGAAGAAGGUGUGGCCUAACUCCAGUCCUCCUCUGCGCAAUUGGUCUAGCUAUCGCGUGAUCGCUGCUUCCUUUUCCAGAUUUGACCACUUCUGUUGAACAAACUCUUCUACAAGUUUGAGAUUGGCAGUAAGCAAACAUCUUCAGACUGCCUAGUUCCCCUUCUGGGGCCUGGGGCCACGUUGCCCUUGAAUCCCUCCUGCUCGGUCUCUGCCUACUCUCUUCAGGCACCCAGCAGACAGGCUCCCUGCAGUUACCUGGGAGGUGACCCAGGGGUGGAGAGUCGGGCUCCUCCCUAGAACUCCCUCAUGGAGAUUUUCAGGGAGUGGGAGUCCAAAAGCUGGGUGAGGGUCUCAAACACAGGGCUAGUUCUGUUGCUGUGGUUACAGAGGGAUAAUAAACCAGGAAACCCAAGCCACUCCCAAGGGGUAUGGGUGCACGGCCCGGGGCAGACCUGUGCGGUCAGACUCUCCUGUCCCAAAGCUAGGUUCACGCUGCCUUUGCUCUCUUGAGUGGUAAAUCUGCAGGGAAGGUUGGGGCCCCAACCCUGAGCUCUGCCAGGGUUAGCCUAAAAUUUACCCUGAUGUGAACCCCUGGGGAACAUAGAAGUUGGCAUCCACAGCUUGAACUGGAGAAUGUGUCCAACUUGAAGGUGCCCACGGAUGCCUGGCUAGGUCUGCCUGUCCUUGGAAUUCUCAUUUCGGAGCAUCUUUCCUGAAAAAGACACAGGGUGCCUUCUCUGCAUUCUGUGAACACCGCCGGGACCACUGGGGGUAUCGCUUGUGCAGCCAGGGACAGUGAGCAGCUCUGUGUGCCCCCAUCUUGUCCUUCUCCUCUUUAGUCUCCCUCCUUUCCUGUCUCAGGUCCUCUCGUCCCCCAGGACUCUGUCUCUUCACCAUCCCAGGUCCUUGCUCCUGUCUCUUCUGCCCUUAUGCCAGGGGCCUGUCUUGCCUUAGCCCUGCCACUCCAGACAUCCAUCUCUCUUUUACUAUGGUUGGGGACAUUUUCUCUGCCAGGCUGGCUUUCAGCAUUCCUGAUAUUCAGGGGCCCGUGACCUUUCUCUCCACCUGCCCCUUUUCUCAUGGGACGCACACUAAACCACCUGAAUGCCCAGGUGGCUCCUGAGCAUCUCCUCAGAGGGGGAGGGACCUCUCUGGGGUCGCCUGCCAGGGAUCCAUGGUGUCGAGAGAGAUUGGUUGUCAGUGGUCGGACUGCAAGGGAACUGUGAGCCCUAAGUCCUCUCUGGGGGGCUGCUGGAGAGUUGCUGGGGGGCCUCGCUGGGUGGUGGUGUGUACCUGCUGGCCUAGGGCAGUGGGCCAUCUUUCUUUCUUGUGUUGAGAAUCUCAUGUGGUUUGUAACUGAGUUGGGGCAUGACCUGAGCCUCCCUGGGGACAUGCCACACAGUCCCAUCUGUGAGUGUCUCUCCUGUGUGCACCUGGGUUGGGACUGAGGGAGGAGAAUUCUUACUCUGACAUCAAGUGGAUGCAGCUCCCUCCUGGGCCUGAGCAGGGCUCAGGGAAGAGCUAAACCAGGACAGGUAGCACUGUCCCCCACCCAGGCUCUUCCACUCUCCUGCUCCCUUGGUCCCUCACCUGCAGCCUCCUGCCUCUCAUCCCUCUUUCUCUUCUCAUUUUUAGCAGUCAAGGGUCUGGAAGACUGUGGCCAAUGCUACCCUUGUCUAGGCAAGCUGCCUGGCACUCAUAAACCCAGCUGGAGUCACAGAGCAGGGAGAGGGCUCACUGCUGAGGUUCCAACUUCAGAUGUCCCUAGUCUUUGAUCUUUGAGCUCUGUGGGGACCCAUGCGUGUAUGCCUCAUGAAUAGAAGCCCAGGUGCCAAAGGGUCAGCAAGGGGGUGUGGAAUAGGGUCGGCCCGGAAAACUGCCAGACUUGCAGAAGGGCAGGGCUGUAAGGGAGGAAGUGGG